AUGGACUCACUCGUUCGCGGGAGAAAAUCGCAGGAAUCACGAUUGGAUCGCAUAAAAAAGAUUUUAGCUCGGUUCCGAGCAAGUGAGGAGCUGGACGAUAUAGACAUCCAGACUGAGCUGGAUAACCUCCAAGAAGUUUGGAGUGGGUACCUGUCGAUCCACGGACGGAUGGUGGAGGUAUUCAAAGACACCGAAAUUGAUGACCUUCUCGAUCAAUUGGCCAAUUUCGAGGAAGACGUCGUUUUAUUGAAAAAUGGAUUCAACAAAUUGCUAAAAAGGAUGGACUUCUCGUCCACUCAACACGAGGUCCCGCUAAUGCAAAAUGGCACCGACGCCAUUCGGCAACUCGCAGAACAGCAAGCAGAUUUUUUCCGCCAUUUUUCAUCCAAUUUUUCCUUUGUGCAUCAAGCUGCCAACUCGAACACCGCUGCAGCAAGUGUUGAUCAGAACGCACAGAUUUUUUCUGAUAUUAAACUACCGCGCAUGAAUCUUCCAAUAUUUAGCGGUAACAUUCUCGAGUGGCCAUCGUUCUACGAUUUGUUCGACAGUGCUGUUCACAAAAAUCCGAACCUGCAGGACAGUCAGAAGCUUUAUUUCUUGAAGACCAACCUCGCUGGCGAAGCUGGGUCUUUGAUUUCUCACCUUAGGAUCGAGGACGCCAAUUACGCACCCGCGCUUGCCAAACUAAGGGACAGAUACGAUAAGCCACUCGAAAUAGCUGCACAGCAUAUACAGCGCUUUCUGGGCCAACCAUCAAUGACGUCUCCAUCCGCCACUGGAUUGCGCUCUCUACACGAUGUGUCUGACGAAGUUAUUCGAGCGCUCAAGGCCAUGAAACGUGAGGGCCGUGAUAUCUGGUUGCUGUACAUCCUCGUUGAUAAACUGGAUCCCGAUACGAAACAGUUGUGGUUCCAGAAGAAGGCUGACAUGACGGAUGAAGAAAUUACGCUGGACAGAUUUUUGAAAUUCGUCGAUUCACAUAGCUGCGCUUUAAAAUCUAUGCAACCAAGUCGUUCGAGAACAUCAACAACAUUAUUCAAGCUCCCCGCCAAGGUUCAACCUAGAACACCUACACUCGUAUCCACCAACCAUGUUUCACAUACGGUCUGCGGUUACUGCGCCAAAUCACCGCAUCAGUUAUAUCAGUGCGGUAAGUUUUUCAACUCGACGGCUAAUGAACGCUUUACCUAUAUUUCCAGACAGAAGCUCUGUCAAAACUGCCUGAAGCUACAUGCCAGCGAAGCCUGUAAAUCUGGUAGCUGUAGAAGGUAUAACCAAUUCCAUCAUACUCGUUUGCACGAAGCCUUCCACCCACCAGCCGCUCAAACUGCAACUAGCACGUCAUCCGCUAUGGAGCUUUCCGGUCCCCAUUCAGUGUCUCAAUCACUGGUUUCACACCUCAACCUGACAAAUGACAUUGUCGAUACUAACGUCCUCCUGCUGACAGUUACAAUCAACGUCCAGGACAAACAUGGGAGGCCCCUCGCUUGCAGAGCAAUUCUUGACUGCGCCUCUCACACCAGUUACAUAACCACAGAUUUGUGCGAUAAGUUGGGUCUAUCAACCGCUGACGUCGACUUUGAAUUUGAUGGAAUUUCUGGAACCUUUGGCCAUGCCAGUAAGGGUGCAUUAGUGACAUUUAGCUCACGCUGCUCGGAGUACCAAAACGUCAUUCCGUGCGUAGUUUUGGAUCGUAUCACGUCCGAGCUACCAAUAAAACCGGUGGACAUCAGCAAUUGGCCUAUUCCCAGUUCCAUUCAUCUAGCCGAUCCCCAAUUCCACCGUCCUGGCAAAAUCAGCAUGCUGCUCGGGAACAAGCUUUUUUUCAACUUGCUCGAACCAGGAACCAUCAAGCUCUGCCUAGAGAACCGGUUGUCUGUCCUUCAAAACACCAAAUUAGGAUGGGUGGUUUCAGGUGGAUACGAAUAUCCCAAACAAUCGGCAGAAUCGAGCUUACCAUUAUGCUUAUUGGCUUCUACUGAUGAUCUUCUAUCGAAACAGUUAAAACAAUUCUGGGAGCUCGAAGAGUAUGCUAACACUAAACCGUACUUCAGUAACCAAGAAACACAGUGUGAGGAUCACUUUCUGAAGCACACUACCCGCAACGAGUUUGGACAUUUCGUAGUGCGUCUUCCAUUCCUGGAAAAUCCCAACACCUUGGGCGACUCCAGGGAAAUGGCAACCAGAAGACUGAUCCAUCUUGAGCGGAAAUUGAACAAAAAUCCGCAACUUCUGGAGCAGUAUCAUGCCUUUUUGCGUGAGUAUGUCGAAUUAGGGCAUAUGUCGUUGGCAGCACCAUCGACCACAAGACGUUCUACUUUUCUUCCUCACCACUGCGUCGUCAAGGAAGCUAGCACAACCACGAAAUGCCGUGUGGUCUUUGACGCUUCCGCUAAAUCCACCAGCGGGAAGUCCCUCAAUGAUAUUCUUAUGGCGGGACCAGUUCUGCAGGAUUCAUUGAUCGCCAUACUUCUUAGAUUUCGCUUUCCUACUAUCGUUUUGACCGGAGACAUCCAAAAAAUGUAUCGCAUGGUGCUGCUACAUGAAGACGAUCGCGACUACCAAAGGAUUCUCUGGCGAUGGUCGAAUGAUGAACCCAUGAACGAGUAUCGACUAAACACCGUGACAUACGGCACUAAAAGUGCAUCAUAUCUGGCUACGAAAUGUGUGCAACAGCUGUUACUGUCCUUCCGCGAACAAUACCCUCAAGCGGUGGAGAAGGCGUCCAAGGGAACAUACGUUGACGAUCUUCUCGUCGGUGUAGACAACAUUGAUGAAGCCAAGCGCCUACGCAGUCAACUGUCGGAUAUUUUCCAUUCUGGCGGUUUUCACUUACGAAAAUGGGCAUCUAACGAUGCCGCUGCGCUAGAAGGUCUUCCAGAAACAGAUCGUGAACUGAAGAUGCCCAUCGAAAUCGACGACUCCAAUACCAUCAAAGCCCUCGGCAUUCACUGGCAGCCGUGCAGUGACGAGCUUCAUUUCAGCUAUCAUCCAUCACAGAUCCUUCAGCCCACAAAACGAACCAUACUGUCGCAAAUUGCCAGCCUAUUCGACCCUCUAGGACUACUCGCACCAAUCGUUGUCAAGGCAAAGCUGGUAAUGCAGCGACUAUGGGAGCUGAAGGUGGCCUGGGAUGCUACUCCCCCUGGUGAAUUGAUUCCUCGAAGAGUGAUUGGAGCUCAGAGGACAACGCAUUUGCUCCUGCACGGCUACAGUGAUGCUUCCGAGCGGGCUAUGGGUGCGUGUGUAUACAUUCGCUCCAUCGACGACGACGGCACCAUCGCAUCGCGCUUGCUGAGCGCUAAAUCAAAACUUGCUCCAAUUGGAAACGGUAGAACGACAUUACCACGACUGGAAUUGUGCGCUACGGUCAUUCUCGCACGACUAAUAAAGAAUGUUGCACUGGCCUGGAUCAAUGGGGGUGCAUCCCGAUGGAAGACCUUUGUUGCCAACCGAGAGGCAGAGGUCGUAACAUAUUUACCAGCAAUCAACUGGGGUCAUGUCGACACGCAUCUCAACCCUGCAGACUUGAUCUCACGUGGGAUGAUACCGGAACAGCUGAAAGACAAGCUCUGGUGGGACGGACCGCUUUGGAAUCCUAAAUCAGGACAUGACACGAUAAACAAACAACUGAACACAUCUCAACAGCAACAAAUCAACAGAGAGCAGAAGGCAACCGUAGUGUCACUCGUCGUCGUCUACAAGAAUACCUUCCUGGACGCUAUGAUGUCCAGAUACUAUCCAAACCUUCAGAGAUUGCUUCGAGUCACUGCCCGCAUGCUGCGUUUCCGUUGUCGGGAGCCAAGGCAAACCACAACAUUAACUCCCAAGGAGUUGAAUCGUGCCCUGGAAGUCUACCUAAAGCACGUCCAACAGCAACACUAUUAUGAUGAACUUCAACGUUUGCAUCAACAUAAAGACGUAAAACGUCAAAGUACACUGUUUCAACUUAAGCCGUUCCUGGACGAAAGGGGACUUCUCAGGGUGGGCGGUAGAAUUGAGCAAUCAAAUCUACAAUAUGACACUAAGCAUCCACUGUUACUACCACGUAACUCCAUCCUAACUUUUCUCGUGCUGCAUCGUGAUCACAUCACGCACCAUCAUUGCGGACCGCAAACACUGCUAGCAGUAUCUCGAAGACGGUUCUGGAUUAUACGUGGUCCCAGCGUCGCUCGCAAGGUCUAUCGUCAGUGCAUUGUCUGCGCUCGGGCUAAGCCGGCCCAGAUCUACCAGCAAAUGGGGCAGCUGCCUGCAGAUCGCGUUCAGCCACAUCCACCGUUUCUGAUUACUGGCGUUGAUUAUGCGGGUCCAGUGAGCAUCGUUGGGCGCAGAGCACGUGGUGCGGUGGCGAGCAAGGGAUACAUUGCACUGUUCGUGUGCUUCUCAACAAAGGCGGUUCAUCUGGCAGCAGUAUCGGAUCUCAGCACUUCCGCAUUCUUGGCAGCUUUCACUCGGUUCUCCAGUCGUUACGGACUUCCAGCCAAAAUGUUUUCAGACAACGCAACAAAUUUCAGGGCUGCCUCCAAGCAACUCCAAGAGCUCUACCGCCUCAUAAAUUCCGCAAACCACAACCAACAGGUCGCCAACUUCUUGGCAGAUAAAGGUGUAGUCUGGAACUUCAUACCCGCUCGGUCACCACACCACGGCGGACUUUGGGAGUCUGCGAUCAAAGGCGCAAAACACCUUCUAGGGAAAAUCGCGGGCAAUCAACACUUCACAUUCGAAGAAUUGUCCACUCUUCUCGCCCAGGUUGCAGCAACAAUGAACUCCAGGCCAAUUACACCGAUCUCCAAUGACGCUCAUGACCCUCAGCCAUUGACACCUGCACACUUCCUAAUCGGAAGAGCUCUCACAUCAGUUCCGGAAAUUAACAUGCUGGAGCGUCAAAUUAGCUCAUUGUCUCGAUGGAGUUAUAUUCAACGUCUGUCGCAAGAGUUUCGAUCCCGUUGGCAGCUCGAAUACGUUCGCUCGCUGCAACGUUUCACGAAGUGGCAGCAAUCAUCGCCUAAUAUCGCAGUAGGUGAUUUUGUAAUUUUGGUAAAAGACGACGAAAAACCGAGGCAGUGGCCGCUAGGGAGAAAUUUGGAAACCUUCCCCGGACCUGAUGGAUUAGUGCGUGUAGUGUCGGUCAAAACCGCCACGGGAAUCACCAGACGAGACGUAAGACGGUUGCGAGUCGUGCCAUUAGACAAGGACGAGUAUGUUCCGGGAAGACUUGGAGCGAAAAUUCCUAAUCGUAAUUUGGUGGGCGGUUAA